AUGGAGUUAUCGCUACAGUUAUUGUCGAUAAUUGCAUCGCUGUUGUGUCACCCUGUCGUUUUGAUGUCGGCCCGACGGAACAUAACUAGACACUUAUAUAGUCGUGAUGACCAAAAGGCGGAUGACGUAGCGGUGGAUUCGAGAUGUCAGCCGUGUAUGUGCGGUGUUGGAUAUCCCAGAUCGAGAAUCGUGGGUGGCAGCGAAGUCAGAGAAAACGAAUAUCCUUGGAUGGCGUCACUGUGGAAUACCAGGAGGAAGUUUUUUUGCGGCGGUUCCAUCGUCACCGAUCAGUACGUACUCACGGCCGCCCAUUGUUUUAGCGAAGUGCCGACAACCAAUUAUCGGGAGGUUCAUGUUGUACUCGGGCACACCAGGAGGCCCGGCAGACUGUUUCCGGGCGGAUCGCACAUCAUCCGGGCAGCGGUAGUGAAGAUACACCACAAGUAUAAUCGACUGGGAGCGAACGUCCACGACAACGACAUAGCGUUGGUCAAGAUGGUCAGACCUGUGAAAUUCGAACGCACCACCCAGCCCAUUUGUCUGCCUAUGAUCAGGUACGACUACGGCGGGUUGAGCGCGGCCGUGGCCGGUUGGGGACAGUUGAGCGAAUUCAGUAGCACGUCACUAAGCCUCAGACACGCCAUGCUUCCCGUGUGGACCGAAAAGGAAUGUGCUGCCGUACCUGAGAUCGAGAAAACGGGAUACACGUCCAACAUGAUGUGCGCCGGACUCCGAGAAGGAGGAGUAGAUUCGUGUCAGGGCGACAGCGGUGGACCUUUGAUGCUUUACGAUAAUAACGAAAAAAUAACAGUGGCAGGAAUCGUAUCUUGGGGUAUCGGGUGCGGAGCUCCGAAACUCCCUGGAGUAUACACACGGGUAGACAAAUAUCUAGGAUGGAUAAUGAGAAAUACGAAGGACAGUUGCCACUGUACAAACUGAAUCCAGUUUUCAUGGAUAUAA